AUGCGUCCUAUUGUAUCAAGUGAAGUUGAUGAUGCCUAUAUGUUGUCAAAUAUAUUUAAUGAUCACCAGGUGUUUUUUCCGCAAUCAAAUCAAUUAACUCAUAUCCGAAUAACAUUAUGUUAUUUUGAGGAUUGUGUUGGUUUACUUGAACAAUUGGGUACACAGCUCUAUUUAUUCAACAUUUUGUGUCCAAAUUUAAAACAUUUGACAAUAACAGUCUAUCGUAAUUUUGUUCUCUAUAAAGAAUGUCUUGUACCUCUUUUACAACGUUUCUCAAAUGUCGAAUAUUUAACAUUAUUAUUAGCUAUUGAUAAAACAGGAUCUAUACCCAAUCAUUUUAUUGAUGGAUAUGAUUUAGAGGAUGACAUUAUUUCAUAUAUGCCUCAUUUAUAUCAAUUUAAUUUUCACAUUCGUUCUAUAUUAGAAAAUGCUUCAGAUGUUGAAAUUGAUACAAUUUAUCAAAGUUUUAUGAAACAACAAUAUCAAUUUGUUGGUUGUACAGUUGAUUAUUUCAAUAAUAAUUAUGGUCAAUGUCAAAUCUAUUCACUUCCAUUUAUUGGUACUCGUCUUGACUUUAUUUCUAAUCGAUUUCCACUUUUUGAUAUCAAUAAUACAUUCUCAAUGAUUACUAUCUUAUUACUUUUCGAUGAUAUUACACCAUUCGAAAGUGUUUUCUUUGAACGUCUUGCUCAAGCUCUACCUUAUCUUAGAACACUUGAAGUAUUUAAUAACCUUGAACAACAAGAAAAAAUAAUAGUAUCGACAAACAAUCUUAAGUUUACUCAUUUAACUACACUGAUUUUAUUUGAUAUUCAUAUAAACUAUGCUGAACAAUUACUUUGUCGAACUUAUCUUCCUUGUUUAAACGAACUUGUCAUUAAUAAAGAUAUAUUGUUAGCAAUAAUCGCUCAAGAUCAACAUCAAACAAGAGAUAAUUUUUCUAGAGUAAAAAGAUUACAAACUUCCAAACCAUUAUAUGACUCAUUAAAUGUUAUUCGAAACUAUUUUCCAUCAAAUCCCUAUGUACAACAUCCGAAUGAAGAAUAG